AUAUACACAUAAAAUAUGCGUAACGUUUUUCCAAACAAGGCCUUGGAUCAAUUGGGAAUCUCGAGAAAUAUUCGCCCAAUUCUUCUCUCAAAGCCUAGAAAACUACACGGCGUUGCUAACCCUAACUCUCUUUUGGCUCCGGAGUCAAUGGCGGCCGCGAUCCGUCUGAUUAGAUCAGUAUCCUCGCCGUCCUCGGCGAGUGUUCUCGUCCGGAGGUCUGCAUCGACGGCGGCCGGCGCCGAAUUGAAGUCCCAUUCGUGCCCUACCGGGAUAGAUCCCAAGGGCAGGAGUGUCCAGUGGGUAUUUUUGGGAAGUCCUGGUGUAGGAAAAGGAACAUACGCGAGUCGGCUGUCGACUCUAUUGGGCGUUCCUCACAUCGCCACCGGGGAUCUGGUUCGUGAGGAGCUCGCGACGUCUAGUCCUCUGUCGAAGCAGCUUGCUGACAUUGUAAACCAGGGUAAAUUGGUGUCAGAUGAGAUAAUCAUAAAUUUAUUGUCAAAGAGGCUUGAGGUGGGAGAAUCCAGAGGAGAAUCUGGGUUUAUACUCGACGGGUUCCCGCGCACAGUGAGACAAGCUGAAAUAUUGGAUGAUGUGACAGACAUUGAUCUCGUGGUAAAUCUCAAGCUCCCAGAAAAGGUACUAAUAGAGAAAUGCCUAGGAAGAAGACUUUGUGGCCAAUGUGGUAAGAACUUCAAUGUGGCCUCGAUUAAUGUCAAAGGCGAAAAUGGGGAACCCGACAUAAGCAUGGCACCUCUCCUCCCUCCAUCCAAGUGUGUUUCAAAGCUCAUCACUCGUGCAGAUGAUACUGAAGCUAUUGUAAAAGAACGGCUCCGUAUAUAUAAUGAAAAGAGUCAGCCCGUGGAGGGCUUCUAUCGCAGCCAAGGGAAGUUGCUGGAAUUUGAUUUGCCGGGAGGCAUACCAGAGUCGUGGCCGAAACUUCUAGAAGCCCUGAACCUUGAUGAGAGCGAAGACAAACAGUCGGCCACUGCUUAAUUUUCUUACAGUUGCUUCGCAUGGUUUGUUCAUGCUUAAAAGUUUUGCAGAAAGCGUAAUCCUUUCCGUCUGUCUUUACAAGGCUUAAAUAACAUAAGAGUGGCGACCCGUGCGCCAUUAAAACCUUGAUACUCUUUUUUUUUUUUUUUUGGUUUUUUUAAAAUAUCUAAAUUAUUUGUGAGACUAUAGUUGUUGUAACAUUCUUACACCCAGCAAGGGAAGGGGUGUGAUAAUAAUUCCUCGCCCCGAUGCUUCCAGUAUUGUUGUUCUUAACAUUGUAUUCGAUGCUUAUUAUUAUUAUUAUUAUUA